AUGAGUGCCGCUGUGCGGAGGUUUGGCCUGCUGGUGCUUGGCGGCGGCAGCGGCGGACUCGGCUGCGCGCGUCGUGCUGCAGAGCUGGGCGCCAAUGCCGCUGUUGUGGAGAUGGGCCGUAUGGGCGGCACCUGCGUGAACGUGGGCUGCGUGCCGAAGAAGAUCAUGUACUACGCAGGAACAAUAGCAGAGGCACUGCACGAUGCCAAGGACUAUGGGUUCGACGUCACCGUAAACAAGCCGUUUGACUGGGCUACCAUCAAGAGGAAGCGCGAUGCAUACAUCACAAGGCUUAACGGCAUCUACGACAGCAACCUGGAGAAGGACAACGUGGAGAAGAUUGUGGGGAGGGCCAAGUUCGUGGACGCCAAGACGGUGGACGUGGACGGGCAGCUGUACACGGCGGACCACAUUGUCGUGGCGACUGGCGGGUUUCCGACCAUGCCGCAGGUCCCCGGCAUCGAGCACGCGAUCAACAGCGACGGGUUCUUCGAGCUCGAGGAGCUGCCGAAGAAGUCUGUCGUGUGCGGCGCCGGGUACAUUGCCAUUGAGAUGGCCGGCAUCCUCAACGCCCUCGGCAGCGAUGUCACCCUCUGCAUCCGACACGAGGAGUUCCUGCGGACGUUUGAUCCGCUUGUCCGGGAAGUGGUGAUGGAGGAGAUGACCAAAGCCGGCGUCAAGAUCCUCAAGAACUCUUGCAUCAGCAGCAUUGAGAAGACUGACGGCGGCCUCAAUGCAAAGUUCACGAUUGACAAGGCGGAUGAACACGUCAUCUCUGGCUGCGACACGGUGCUGAUGGCCAUCGGCCGCCGCCCGCUCACGGACAUCGGCCUCGACAAGGCGGGUGUGAAGCUGACGCACAAGGGCCACAUUGCUGUUGACGAGUGGCAGCAGACGUCGGCUGCGAAUGUGUAUGCGCUCGGUGAUGUGUGCGGCAAGUUCGAGCUCACCCCAGUUGCGAUUGCGACGGGGCGGAAGCUUGCGCACCGGCUGUUUGAGCCGAACCCCAAGUCGAAGCAGGACUUUGAGUGCAUCCCCACGGUGGUGUUCAGCCAUCCGCCAACGGGCACGUGCGGCAUGACGGAGGACGAGGCGAAGGACGCCUUUGGUGCCGACAACAUCAAGAUUUACAAGACACGCUUCACCCCAAUGUACCACGCGAUGAUGGAGCGGAAGACGACGACGGCGAUGAAGCUUGUCUGCGCCGGCCCCGAGGAGCGGGUUGUUGGACUGCACAUGGUUGGUCUUGGCUGUGAUGAGAUGCUGCAGGGCUUUGGCGUUGCCAUGAAGAUGGGCGCAACAAAGGCCCAGUUUGACUCGUGCGUUGCCAUCCACCCCACCUCGUCGGAAGAACUGGUCACCAUGCGCUGA